CCUUACCGCAGCCCGGUGCGUGUGUCUGCCGCUGCCGCUCCUGCGGUCAUUGAGCUCGCUAAUGGGAAAUUGUUUCUACCUGCUUCCCAACUGACAGCUCACAGGGAAUGCGACCUUAGCAUGGCUCUGGCGGUCACUGGUGGCUCCAUGGAGAGGUGAGUGGAUGGAUUUCCUGGUAUGUAACCUGUGGUUUGCGAUUGCGCCUCGGAAUAAUCAAGGUUAGGACCUUUGUCUGAUUGACCAUCCGUAGUGCAACGACAUGUCGAACCUGGGCAAGAGUAAGAAGGACAAAGAGAUCAUUGCAGAGUAUGAGAGCCAGGUGAAAGAUGUGCGUGCUCAGCUUGUGGAGCAGCAGCGGUGUUUGGAGCAGCAGACAGAGAUGCGGGUGCAGCUGCUUCAGGAUCUUCAGGACUUCUUCAGGAAGAAGGCUGAGAUCGAGACCGAGUACUCCAGGAACCUGGAGAAACUAGCCGAGAGGUUCAUGGCCAAAACACGCAGCACCAAGGACCACCAGCAGUACAAAAAGGACCAGAACCUCCUAUCUCCGGUUAACUGCUGGUACCUUCUACUCAACCAGGUGAGGAGGGAGAGUAAGGACCACGCCACCCUCAGUGACCUGUAUCUGAACAACGUCAUCACCCGCCUCACGCACAUCAGCGAUGACUCCGCCCGCUUGCUCAAGAGGAGUAAGGAGAUCACUUUUCAAUUGCAGGAAGAUUUGAUGAAGCUCCUGAAUGAACUCUACACUGUGAUGAAGACGUACCACAUGUACCAUACGGAGACGCUGAGCGCGGAAACCAAGCUGAGGGAUGCUGAGCGCCAAGUGGGUGUGGGGAAGGGGGGGCCUGGCGGUGGGGUGGAGCCCUUGUUCGGCAUGCGGAUUGAGGAACGCCACCAGCGACGCAACGCCGCCCGCAAGAUGGAGAAGAUGAGGGAGAAGAGGAAGGCCAAGUAUUCUGAGAACAAGCUGAAGUCCCUGAAGGCCAGGAAUGAGUACCUGCUAACGAUGGAGGCCACUAAUUCCUGUGUGUUUAAAUACUACAUUCAUGACUUGCCUGACAUCAUAGAUUGCUGUGACCUGGGGUAUCACUCCAGUCUGAGUCGUGCGCUGAAGACCUACCUGUCUGCAGAGCUGAGUCUGGAGGCCUCCAGGCGAACAGGGCUGGAGGUGCUGGAGGGGGCUGUGGAGGGCCUGGAUCCUGCCCGCGACAGACAGCGCCUGCUGGGCCUCUACCCCACUGCCUUCUGUCCCCCGCCACGUUUCAGCUUCCAGCCCCACAUGGGGGAUCCGGUGAACCAGAUAGCAGCCCAGCCACAGGUGCAGGCGGAGCUGACAUCCAGGCUACAGCAGCUCCAGUCACGCCUUUCCACCCUUAAGAUAGAGAACGAGGAGGUGAAGAAGACAUGGGGGGCCACUCUCACCACCCUACAGGACAUGACCGUGUUGGAUGACUAUGACGUUUCCCAGAGUUUCACGCACAGCCCCUCCUCAGAGUCGGUCAAGUCCAGUGUGUCAGACGGCUACCUGAACAAACCUAGCCUGGCCAAGCGCCGUGCAAACCAACAGGAGACGGAGCUCUUUUACUUUACUAAGUUCCGGGAGUAUCUGGAGGGCAGUAAUCUCAUCUCCAAACUACAGGCCAAACACGACCUGCUGAAGAAAGCAAUGGCUGAGGGGCAAAUAACAGACACACUGACAACCAGCCGUGGACGAAAGAACUCGCACAGCAAACAGCAGGACUCAACUAAAGCCAUUCCUUUACUGGUGGAGAGCUGCAUCCGCUACAUCAACCUCCACGGCCUUCAGCACCAGGGAAUAUUCCGUGUGUCUGGGUCACAGGUGGAGGUCAACGACAUCAAAAACUCCUUUGAGAGAGGUAACGACCCGCUGAUUGAUGAGGAGAGUAACCAUGACAUCAACUCUGUUGCCGGAGUGCUAAAGCUCUACUUCCGCGGGCUGGAGAACCCGCUCUUCCCCAAGGAGAGGUUUAAUGACCUAAUGGCCUGUGUCCGUAUAGAAAGCCUGUAUGACAGAGCUCAGUGUGUCCGUAAGAUUCUGCUGGGCGUUCCUCGGGCAACUCUGGUCGUGAUGCGCUACCUGUUCGCCUUCCUCAACCACCUUUCCCAGUAUAGCGAUGAGAACAUGAUGGAUGCUGGGAAUCUGGCCAUUGUCUUCGGCCCCACCCUGCUGCCCACGCCCGAUGCCCUUGACCAGGUGGCCUGCCAAGCGCACGUUAAUGAGGUCAUCAAGACGGUCAUCCUGCACCAUGACAACAUCUUCCCUGACCCCCCAGAGCUGCCUGGGCCAGUCUAUGAGAAGUGCAUGACUGGAGACCAGUACUGCGAGAGUCCAUUCAGUGAGCCGGGUGGGGAGGCGGAGCCGGACGGCGGUACAGAGACCCAGACUAGCGAGGAGGAGGGAGAAGUCGUAGAGGCGGUGGCCAGGUUUGACUAUACUGGCCGUUCGGGACGAGAGCUCUCCUUUAAGAAGGGCACAUCUCUGCAACUGUUCCAGCGGGCGUCACAUGACUGGUGGGAGGGGCGACUCAACGGCACCCAUGGCCUGGUGCCUCACCAGUACAUUACGCUAAAGGACAGGCCUGACUCUGCAUUGACCGUGGACAGUGACAGUGGGAGCACCAGCAAUGAUGACAAGAGAGCCAGAAGUGAGCUGAGUUCUCCUACUGACAGACCGCCUGAAACCUACAACAGCAGUCACCGUCGGAAACGGACUGAUCUUUUCCGCCGCCCCCUUGGUCGCUCUAGUGACCAUGGUAACGGAGGGCCGUUGGAAAGGAGCUCGCCACCCGUCACUGGUCACUUCAGCCCACGGGACUUACUUCUGGGACGGGGCAAUGGCCUAACCCCGCCCCUUGACAGCCCUGAGCGUCGACGCCGUUCCACUGCCGCGGUAACCCUUACCGUCAGCCGCCACGAUUCGCUGCGUCGGCCGGAAGACACGCCCAUCCGCCGUUCCAGCAGCGGGCAGCAUGGCUUCAGCUCCAGAGCCCUGGAUCCUGACACGCUGGCACAGGAUAUAGAGAAUGUGAGCGUCGCUCUGGGGGAGCUGCGGCAGUUGGAGCGCGGGAGCUGCCGACCGGCUCCUGAUGUGGUGCUGGACACUCUGGAGCAGGUGAAGAACGGCCCGAACACUGCCUGCUCCUCCGAGUCGCCCAGCCCCCACAGCACUCCCUCCACCCCAGGGACUCCCGGUACCCCCGGCACGCCUAGCCCCCUGAGCCCUCUCAGUCCCCUCCCUGGCCCACCUCCAACACCUCUUCGGUCUGCCAACCCCUCCCCCGACACUCUGGGCUCCUUCAAGCCCGUGGCGGGGGCUUCGCUACGUAUGGGAGCUCCACUUCGCCCGCCGGCCCUUAGGCCAAAACCCUUGGUGCCCCCGAAGAGCAGUACUCCCCCUCUUCCCCCGCCGCUGGACAAGUCCUGCACCAUGUGAGCCAAAGCAGGCCGACCUGGGCCCGUGUCAAGCCAAAACUGGGCCAAAAUAAAGAAGAGUGGAGAACAGGGUACCUGCUUACUGUUUAUAAUCACGAAGAAGGGUAGAAAACAGUAGGACAGAUCUGAAACUAAAAGGGUUUUAUGUAGUUAUACAAAAUAAUAAUAUAAUAUGAUCUAUGAUAUGCCAUGAUAUUUGUGUGUGUUGUCAGGUUGGUGUGUACUCUCUUCUUGGUGUAUAGGAGUUUACUUUCUCCAUGUAUCGAUGCAUUUAUCAAGGGGUAGCUACAUGCUUGGGAUGGCAGAAUGGGAGAAGUACAGAUUAACAGCUAAAGAAACAGAAAUCCUAGGCUGUAAAAGAGACUUGAUCCGAUGUGGGAAGUGUAUUUCUCCUCCAGUGAAAUCUAGUUUCAGUGAUGUGAACGUCGACUGUAAUGUCGUGAUGAAGGUAGGCCUGAAUUAGCUCAGGAGCCUAUCACCGAAAGGCUGCUGUAUUCUUAGUGUAUUCUGAUUGGCUGCUGCAUCUACGUGGGAUUUUCAAUGGGUGAAGCACCAGAAGGGGACAUGCAAAGUGAAGAGGUGCCUGCUGGGUAAGGGGGGGGGCUCGGAUGGGGGACUCACACAGUGUGGAAAUGUAAGUGAGGCUGUCUGUGGGAAUUUUUUUUACAUUAUUUUCUAUUUCACUUGGUUCCGCUGCUAAGCUCACAAAUGCCUCGACCGAAGCCUCUUGAGGUCCUUGGUGACAAAACUCACCUUCUAUUUAACCAAUGUUCAGCUAUUUUAUGAAUGUUUCUGUAUUUAACUACGACUGUUCAGCUCUGUAUUGAAUGUUCAGUGGGCACAGGGGUGGCGUUACCCUACAACAAAACAGCCUUCUUUUGUGUUUCAAAGAACUGAAACACUCAGGCCACAGGAAAUUAUUUGAAGGCACAGGGCUGGAGUGACUUUAGAAGAGUCACUGUAGUUCUGUACGUUUCCCUGGGCCAGGGUGUGUGUGGUUUAUUUCCCAUUACCCUGUGUGUGUGUGUAUGUUCUCUGCCUGCCCUCGUUCUGUUCCUUUGUAAGUGCGAUGUUGGAUAAAAUGAUGAUGGAUUAUUCAUGUCUGCCUUUAGUACCGGAACAUGUACAGGAAAGGGUUGCGGAUGUUGUGUAUUUGGUGUGCACGUGUAUUGGCACUCAGUGUGUGUGUGUGUGUUUGUGUGAGUGUCUGUAUCUGAUUGUGUUACACUUAAGUCACUAGAUAACCUUAAAAGUUCACAGUAAGCUAACAGGGUGGGGCUCUUGUGUGUAAAUGCCCAAAAUACACUUGAACAACAGCACACUGAAUGUGCCCUCCGGGCGUCUGGAACUGGGGUGUGUGUGUGCCACUGUGUGCGUGAGUAGUACUGGGGUUUCGCGUCUAAGAAUGGUGUGUGUGUGUGUGUGUCUGUGUGUGUGUGUGUGUGUGUGUCAAUGCGAAAGUGCCUUUUUUUACCCAUGUGUUUUGUGUGAUCCACUCACGCAUGUCCUGAACGAAGAACGGCAGCAGCACUCCGAAAGAAAUAAUCAUAGUGUUUAGUAGAAGACUGAAUUAUGAAUCCUCUAGUUAAUCCAUUGUGACAUUGCACUUUGAUGUGUAGGGAAAAACCGUGUACUUGGCAUGUAGCAUUAUAACAUGUGAACAGGUGCAUUUUAAGGGACAUUGGUUUCUCUCUGAAUGUUUGAUAGGUAAAGGAAAUGGUUUUGUCUGUUAGUGUUGCUGUAUAUGAAACUACUGAGCUUCCAAAAGACGAGCUCUUAUAGCCAAAUGGAUUGUAUUGAUGUGUUGUA